CAACUCGUAUAGAAUGAAAACAGAAGAAGAAGAGAAAAAAAAGAUUUAAUAAAAAUAAUGGCCGUCGUCGACCUUGAAUCGACCAGACCAAGAAGAACAGGACGUGAUCGGUAGACAGGGAGAGAAAGAAAAGUUAUAAUAAUACAUUUCUCGAUCGCCCCUCUCCGUCUCCGAUCCCAACAAUCAUUUCAGAAGUAUUAUUUUCGUAGUAAUCUAUUAUACAUACAUGCGUAGUUAUUAAUUUCUUCUGCUAUCGCGUUUUCCGGAAAUAAUUUUCAUGAGUUUCAUCAUCUUCUUCUUCUACUACCACGACAUUCUUAGAUUUUUGAAUGCGACGGUCGAAUGCCCGAAAACCAGUUGAUUCAGGUGUUUCGAAAGAUAUGGAUCCGAUAAAGCUUCCGAUGCGUCCCUCAACUCGAUCCAACCUCUUCGCUCGCGGGCCCAAGCAUGGAACCAGAUCCAAUUUCUUGAUUCUCGCUUCAAUUGCUGUUGCAAUAGCUUUUGUAUUGCUGUGCUAUUUGUUUGUUCACGCCCGAAGUUCGAGAGGUUUUGGGAAUAAAAGGUAUGGGAUUAUCAUCGAUGGAGGUAGCACCGGGACUCGAAUCCACAUGUUCGGGUUCGAGGUGGAGGGUCAGAAUGCCGUGUUUGAUUUCGCCAACAGUGGGUCGGUGUCGAUGAGAGUUAAUCCAGGGCUUUCCGCUUAUUCGAGUGACCCGGAAGCGGCUGGCGGGUCGUUGACGGAGCUCCUUGAGUUUGUGAAGGAACGGGUUCCUAAGGAAUCCUGGAGGGAAACAGAUAUUAGACUAAUGGCGACGGCGGGGCUCCGCUUACUCGACCUGUCUGUUCAGAAUCGAAUUUUGGAUUCUUGUAGACGGACGCUUAGGGCUUCUGGGUUCAAUUUCCGGGACGAGUGGGCUUCGGUCAUUACUGGCUCUGAUGAAGGGGUGUAUGCUUGGGUUGUUGCAAACUAUGCCCUUGGUUCUCUUGGAAGUGAUCCUCUUCAGACUACUGGGAUUAUUGAACUCGGGGGAGCAUCUGCUCAGGUUACCUUUGUUACCAGUGAGACAGUGCCUUCUGAGUAUUCUCGAGCUAUUAAGUUUAGAAAUACCACAUACAAUCUCUACAGUCACAGCUUUCUUCAUUUUGGUCAGAAUGUUGCAUAUGACUUGUUGAGGCAAGCACUUACCUUGGGAGAGUUCAACUUAGCUAAAUCUGUUCAGGAGGGGUUGUCAACGGAUCCUUGUACUCCUACAGGCUAUUCACACGGUGCAGAGUCGUGGAAGCUCUCUCCUGCUUUGCUGGGUGAAAAAAAUAAAUAUCCACCCACUCUUCCAUCUAAAGGGAACUUCUCAGAGUGCAGAUCUGCCGCCAUAAUGAUGUUACAAAAAGGAAGAGAGAACUGCUCAUCUCAACACUGCUAUAUAGGAUCAAUAUUCAUGCCUAAGCUUCAAGGGAAAUUUCUUGCAACAGAGAAUUUCUUCCAUACUUACAAGUUCUUUGGUCUGGGUCAAAAGGCAUUUCUUUCUGACCUUAUUAUGGCUGGACAACAAUUUUGCAAAGAAGAUUGGUCAAAGCUAACGAAGAGAUACCACACCCUUCAUGAAGAAGAUUUGCUUCACUAUUGCUUCUCUUCUGCUUAUAUUGUAGCAUUACUUCAUGACACUUUUGGAAUUGCAUUGGAUGAGGAAAGGAUUGCAGUUGCCAGUCAGGUGGAAGAUAUUCCACUGGAUUGGGCUUUAGGAGCUUUCAUCUUGCAAACCACAGCCGAUUUAGAAUUGCGGCACUAUUAUUGGAUUGCCAAUAUUCUUAGUGAUGACUUGCACACUCUUAUAUCACUAAUUGCCAUAUUUACAGUAUUGAUGUUUACAGUGUGGUCUAUAUCAAAGUGGAGGAAGCCACAGUUGAAGACAAUAUAUGAUCUAGAAAAGGGACGGUAUAUAGUGACUCGUAUUGGUAGGUAUCGAUAGAUUCUUUAGAAAGUUAUUUUUACUGUCCCUCAUCCAGAUUUAGGAUUGGUCUUAUUCUGAUAUUUCUUCAAAACCACGGAGAGCAAACUCAUUUUAGAAUCUGGGAAUAUGGUGAGGAUCAAUUAUCUCAAGUUUACUAAUCAUAGACCAUAUAUAUAUAUAUAUCAAAAAAAAAAGAAAAAUGAAGGUCGAAUUGUAUCUGGACCUAGGAUAGAAGAAUAGAACACCAUUUCUUGUUUAGUGGUAAAGUAAGAUCUGUCUAAUGAAACGACUUAAUUUCGCAAUGCCCUAUGUGACAGGGUUAGGAUAGGCAGUUUGGGGGAGUGGAGGUUGGAAUGUAUACCAUUUUGUAUGAUUACACAUGAUGAACUUGUCCUUUUCUUACAAUUUAUGCUAUUUCAUGUCACUGUCAGGGUGGGUUCCCAUUUCAUUAGUAAGUUUCAAGCCAUUUGAUUUUUCUUGUGGGAGAGUAAAAAAAUGGUCACUAUUGUCUUUUUAUUUAUCGAUCAUUGAUUGUACGGAGAAAUUAUGUAAAAUUGUGUAAAUGUAUGCUUAUAAUUAGACAGCAGGAAGGUAUCUACUGGACCAGAGUUGAGGUCGGGUUAAAAGGUUUCCUUCUCUUUCCUUUUCAUUCAUUCAUCAGUGUUACACGCACCUCAGCGUAGUAAUAUUUCUUAAUGCUGCUAUAUUGUUAUAGGAGGUAUUUUGGCCCUUAUUUUUCAUUUGUGUAAUAUAUUUUAGUGAAUUAUGACAUAGAUAUGGUAAAUCAAAUAAAUAUUUUUUGCUUCAA